GCAAAGCCGUAUGUAAAUGAGCAAAAAUAUAAACAAUGACGUCAGCAUGAAUCCCCCUUUCCCGCCGAGUGGGCAAAACGUCUCCAGGUGGCAGGUGUUGAGUGAAGGAAGCUUGAAUAGUUACACUGAUUCUGAUUGGUUCGUUUCUCCCCACCUCCUGAACGCCCCUGCAUCAACCCUGCAUCUUGUUUCAAGUAUGUUUUUCGCUUCCUCUACGCUUCAUAUUUUAUUUUGCAAUCACUUACUUCUUAUUUUGUUUGAACGAAGCCAAAUUUCCUUUGUUGUAAAGGAUCCACGGGUGAAUGUUUGCAUUUUUCAUACGAAAGUCGUGUUUCCGGCCGCCGACUUUCUGAUCAAAAUUCAUAUUCCCCCAGGUACAGUGCACGUAAUCACACGAGCUGCUAGUAAAUAUCUUCGUGUAGCGAAGAACACGAGGGCUUUUUUACAGUAAGAUUUGUAUUUCUUUGACCGGUUGAAAAGAGCAUAAGGAGAACAGUUCAGGCCACAUUUCACCGUUUAUUCUAUAAACUUCAUGGCUGCGUCAAAUAGUGCCCAGACUGUCGAUGAAAACGGCAUCAAAAUCGCUCAGCCAAGCGAUAUCAUUUUGGACAUCAAGAGCGAGACGAAAGCGAAAGACGUUCACAUUAUUAACGGCUCUGUGCAUUACACAGGCGAGGACAUAGCAUCUAAUGGAGAAAUCAGUAGCAGUCUGGAGAAAACAUUGGUACAGCAAAACGGUAACGGCAUCGAGGAACGAAAGGACGACCAUCCAAAUGGGGACGCGAAAAGUGCGCUUGGUGACGACGAAGGAAUCGUCAAGCCGGCUCCUGCCGAAUCGCCGUGGACGGUUCAAGCAAAUGGCGUUGUUAAGCUGUUAUUAGGCUCAACGGAAAGCACCAGUCGCACUCCUAUGACUGUCGUACAGGGUCUUCAACGAGCUGUGAGGCUAGCACCAACCAGGACUGCUCUUGCAGUGAAAAGGAACAACGAGUGGGUGAAGUGGACCUACACCGAAUACUACGAGGCUGUAUGUUCCGCGGCAAAGUCAUUUAUCAAGCUUGGGCUAGAACCUUACCAUGGUGUUGGAAUCAUUGGAUUUAAUGCUCCAGAGUGGCUCAUCUCAGACUUGGGGGCUAUUUUUGCUGGGGGUUUAGCCGUUGGUAUCUAUACUACAAACUCUCCUGAAGCUUGCCAUUAUGUUGCCGAAAAUUGUGAAGCCAAUAUCAUUGUUGCUGAGAACAAACAUCAGCUUCAUAAAAUUCUUAAAAUUUGGGACAGACUGCCUCAUCUCAAAGCAGUAGUGCAGUACAUUGGAGAGUUGGAGGAGGGAUUACCACCUAAUGUAUACACUUGGAAUCAGUUCAUGGAAUUUGGAAAAGAAGUUCCUGAUGAUGUCCUUCAGCAGAGGAUAAAUGAUUUGGCACCAAAUAAGUGUUGUACACUUAUUUACACUUCUGGAACCACUGGAAAUCCAAAAGGUGUCAUGCUUUCACAUGAUAAUCUAUUGUGGACAGCAGAGACUGCAUCGCGGCAUGUGAAUGCUGGAGAGAAGGUGGUGGAACAAUGUAUCAGUUAUCUUCCUCUCAGCCACAUUGCAGCACAGGAAUUAGACAUCUUUAUGCCCAUUUAUCUUGUUGGUUCUGUUUGGUUUGCUCAAGCAGAUGCCCUGAAGGGAACACUUGUUCAGACCUUGAGAGAUGUUAGGCCAACUCUGUUUUUUGGAGUCCCAAGAGUGUAUGAGAAGAUUAUGGAAAAACUGAAAGAGAUUGGACAGUCAGUCACCGGCAUAAAGAGAAAGAUGGCUAACUGGGCGAAAGGUGUGGCACUUCAAGGGAACAUUAACCUUGAACAGGGGUAUGUGUGGGGACGCCAUGUUUUCAUGGGAUACUUGAAGAACGAAGAAAAGACACAUGAAACUUUGGAUAGCGAGGGCUGGCUACACUCCGGAGACAUUGGAAAAAUCGACGAGUUCUUGUUGUUUGCCUUUCAGUUAUGUAUCAGGGGACGCCAUGUUUUCAUGGGAUACUUGAAGAACGAAGAAAAGACAAAUGAAACUUUGGAUAGCGAGGGCUGGCUACACUCCGGAGACAUUGGAAAAAUCGACGAGAAUGGACAACUGUACAUAACUGGCCGAAUCAAGGAGUUGAUUAUCACCGCUGGCGGUGAAAAUAUAGCCCCGGUCCCGAUUGAGGAUGCUAUCAAAGAAGAAGUUGCUAUAAUCAGUAACGCCAUGGUAAUCGGAGAUAAGAGAAAGUUUCUUUCCUGCUUCUUAACUCUGAAGGUUGUUGUCGAUGUAGAGACUGGCGAACCAUCGGAUAAACUCACGGAUGUUGCCCUCCAGUUCUGCAAGUCCGUCGGCAGUGAGGCCACGACAGUUUCUGAGAUUCUGUCAACCAAAGAUGAGAAAAUAAUGAAAGCCAUUCAAGACGGAGUCGAUCGAGCCAAUAAGAAAGCUGUGUCAAGAGCUCAGAAGGUACAGAAGUGGGCUCUUUUAGAAAAAGACUUUUCCAUUCCUGGGGGAGAGCUGGGUCCUACUCUAAAGUUGAGGCGACCUAUUGUGGCCAAGAUGUUCAAAGACAAGAUUGAUGCUUUCUAUGAAGAAGCAUAGGGUCAAAUCGAACUCUGAUGAAGUGAAUUUGUAUAUACAUAUAUCGCAUAUGUAUACAUGUAAAACAGCACAUUUUUUAAUGAACUUUAAUGGGAAAACUUGAAAAAUUUCGCGUGUUAACCUGGGAAACUCGUUAUUAACUCGUUAUUAAGCGAGGUAAUAACCUUAAAAGUAAGGUCCAAUAUCAAUAUUCCUAUUUACUGGGCUACUUAUUUUUGUUCCUUUUGAUAUGAAUAAUGACUGGGCGAAUGUACAUUGAAGGUAGCACUGAUUUGUAAUGUAAAGAGGAAAAGCCAAGUUAUGAAUGAAAA